GCGGUCAGGACAGGUUUUUCGAGUGAAAACCUAUGGUACAAACUAAUGCAAUUUUAUUUAUUAUUAAUGUUAAAAGCUGCUCGAUGAGCUUAUCGUUGCACUCAAUGUUUCAAUAAAUUUUGUAAGUGAGAAACCCGAACAUUCAAACAAUGUCUGUUUUCUUCGUAAACGCGAACCAGGACGGGGAAGAGGUGGAAGGAGAUUCAAAUGGCGACUUACAGAUUGCCUCACCAGGCAACUCGGAAGCGCAGCAGGCGCUGGGUCAGUUUUGGCCCAAAGUAACAGAUGAGAUCAAAAAAAUAACUACUAUGGACCUAAAGACUCAAUCCUUACCGUUGGCUAGAAUAAAAAAAAUUAUGAAAUUAGAUGGCGAUGUGAAAAUGAUAAGUGCGGAAGCACCGAUGUUGUUUUCAAAGGCUGCUGAGAUAUUCAUACAUGAACUAACGCUCAGAGCGUGGGUUCAUACAGAAGAUAAUAAAAGACGUACUCUGCAAAGAAACGAUAUUGCAAUGGCUAUCACUAAAUAUGAUCAAUUCGACUUCCUCAUCGAUAUUGUUCCCAGGGAUGAAUUGAAACAAACUAAAGCCCAGAACGAUAAUUCUGUACGAACAUCAAUGAACUCUGAUCAAGUUCAUUACUACUUUCAGCUUGCGCAGCAACAAGCUUCCGCAAAUCAGGGUGUACAGAAUAAUGGCUCAGCUUCUCAGCCAAUACAGAUUGUUCAACCGUCAACCGGACAAAUUCAAACUAUUAACAUCGGCAGUCCUGUCGAACAGCAUAAGCAGAUAGGUUUACAAAACUUCACAUUUGCAAAUUACUUCCAGGAAAAUUCAAACACGAGCUCAGCGCAAACUGUGACUGCGCAAACUGUGACAGUACCAAGUCCACAGCAAACAACGAGUGGUCAACAAGUUAUACAAUUACAACAAACACAGCAAUCUCCUACCUCCCAGGGUGGAGGGAUUCAAAUAGUACAACAAAUAGUAACACCCAGCGGCGAAAUACAGCAGAUACCUAUUCAAUUAACGCCACAACAACUCCAGAUGAUUCGAAUGCAAGUUCAGGGUGGUAGUAAUCAGCCCAUCAUCAUUCAAGCCACACCUAUUCAAGCCCAACCACAGUUAAUUCAAGUGGCUCAAGGCGGCCAAACUCCUGUAUAUCUACAAACCAAUAGCAACGACAAUGAAUAAUUGAAAUUUAAAUUUAAACAGAUAAUUCUACGCUAAAUACUAUUAACUUUACAAAAUAGGAAUAAGUUUAUCGUCUAAGGAAUAAAAAAUUUUCAACC